UUAUAACAACAUUUAUUAGAUAAUUAUCUAUCCUCAAAUCUGAAUCCUCAAUGCACAUAGUAUAAAAUCUGAAAUCAAUAGAGAAAAAAUUAAGCUCAAACAAAUCCAUUGUUCUUGAAUUCCUGUAUUCUCUCUCUAUUAUGGCGGAUCAAGGGAAGAAAGCUGAGAUCUUUGAGCUCGAUAAUGGCUCAAUUAAUGUCAAAAUCACUAAUUAUGGCUGCACUAUCACUUCUUUGUCACUCCCUGAUAAAGAUGGAAAACUUGCCGAUGUAGUACUGGGAUUUGACACUGUUGAUCCUUACCUGCAAGGAGCUGGAUCAUAUUAUGGUUGCAUUGUUGGUCGUGUUGCAAAUCGAAUCAAGGACGGGAAGUUCACACUAAAUGGAGUACAAUAUACUUUGCCUUUGAACAAGCCCCCAAAUAGUCUCCAUGGUGGCAACAAGGGAUUUGAUAAGCAAAUUUGGGAUGUAGCUGAAUAUAGGAAAAGUGAUACCCCCUCCAUCACUUUUAAGUAUCACAGCCACGACGGCGAGGAAGGUUAUCCUGGUGAUCUUUUUGUGACUGCAACAUAUACUCUUACCUCCAAGACUACUAUGAGGCUUGACAUGGAAGCUGUGGCCGAGAAGAAGGCAACUCCAGUCAAUCUCGCUCAACAUACAUACUGGAAUUUAGCAGGGCACAGUUCAGGUCCGGUGCUUGACCAUCAUAUUCAAAUAUGGGCAAAUCACUACACCCCGGUAGAUGAGAACACAGUUCCAACGGGGGAAAUUGCCCCAGUUAAAGGCACAGCGUUCGAUUUUACGUCAGAGAAGAGAAUUGGUCAGGAUAUUGCUCAAGUUGGCAUGGGUUAUGACCACAACUAUAUGCUUGAUUGUGGAGAUGAAAAGAUGGGAUUGAAGCAUGCUGCUAGAGUCAGAGAACCUUCAAGCAGAAGGGUCCUGGAUCUCUGGACUAAUGUGCCCGGCAUGCAAUUUUACACUGGCAACUAUGUGAAUGGAGUUACUGGGAAAAGUGGGGCUGUAUACGAGAAACAUGCUGGACUUUGUCUCGAGACACAAGGAUUCCCGAAUGCCAUUAACCAACCGAAUUUCCCUUCUGUUGUUGUUGAACCUGGUAAAAAGUAUCAGCACAGCAUGUUGUUUGAGUUCUCAAUUGCAUAGAGUGAACCUAAAUAUAUACUAUGUUUUGCCUGUCACAAGUUGCAGUUACUUUGAAUUCGUAAAUAAUAAGUAACAGGCGAUAUUCAUAGCCUUUACCAUGUAAUUAUUUUUCCAUUCUUUAUCCA